AUGCUGCUGCCCCUUUCAAUGUCGGCCUGGUUCGGCUUAGCAGCGGCGGCUGCGGCGGCUGUGCCAUGUGUUGCUGUGGUAGGUGCCGGCAUCAACGGUGGGUCCGCCGUCCACUUUCUGCGCGAUCUGCUGGGUGACGGUGUCGACAUCACGGUCUUCGAGGCUAACCGUGAGCCGGGUGGCCGAACGUUGACGAGGAGCUUCGCCAACGUGACUGUGGACGUGGGAGGCACGGCCAUCUAUUCCAGGAACAGGUACGUCUCCGGCUUCGCCAGAGACUUCGGGCUGCAACCGCAGGCCGGAGACGACGGCGUGAAUUCGGACAUCGGCAUCUGGGAUGGCAGCAAGUUUCGCAUCCAGGUUGACGCAGACAGCCGCCUGGACAUGGGGGCCAAGCUUCUAUUCCGAUAUGGGUUUUCCCCUCUUCACGUGAUUCCGGCAGUUCGCAAUGCGGUGGAUGGUUUCGACAAAAUCUACGACCUGCAAGAGGGGCAGAAGAGCUUCGAAACCCCGGCAGCGUUGUUGGAGGCUUUGGGCGUCUUCAACCUAACCCAGACGUCAGCUUAUGACUUCUUCAAGAGCCUCGGUGUAGAGGAGAAAUUCGUGAAGGAGAUGGUCGACGGAGCUUCCCGGUGCAACUACAACCAGCCAGGUAGCGGCAGAGGUCAUGAUGAUUUCGACGGUGACCAAGCAGUUCUUAGCAGGCAGAUGACAUGUUGCAUAUUCUUCUGGUCCAUGAAUCUCCUCGACUGGUCGUCUUCGCAAGAUGCUCGGGCUCAAAAUUGGCCCGGUAUCCAAGAGGUGCAUUCCGCCACCAUGGCGGAUGAUCCCCAUAUGAACCACGAUGAUCUCUUCGAAAUUGUCAGAGACGGAGAUCUUGCUGAUGCCAAGAAGGCUUUAGCAAGUGCAGAAAUGUCAUGGCGACAUUCCGCUCUUCGACAAAAUUUUCUGUUCUUUGUCGCGGCGCGACGCCGCCGAGGCUGCGAAGAACUGGCAAAGCAGUGCAUAGCCAUGAGAAUCAAUCUGGAAGAGGUUGACCUGAAUGGUCAGACACCUCUUUUUUGGGCUGCAAAGCGCGGCAACCUGCUCAUGAUCAAGUUCCUGCUCAAUCUUGGCUUUGAGGUUAACUUUCGAGACAAGGCCAGGAAGACGGCGCUCUUCUUCGCCAUCGAGAACGGUCACCUGGACGUGGCCGACUACCUCAUUGAGCGGUCCGCGUCGACACUGGUUCGGGCCAGCAAUGGUAAAACUCCCCACGCGAUGCUCAAAGAGAAGAACCACAAGGUACGAAGCCGUUUCGCCGAGUGGGAAUGGGCCAGCGCAGAGGGCGAGUCGGAACCGAUGGUGGGUAAAGAAGAAGAUAAUGUGCUCGUGGAAGAUUCGCG